CCCCAUGAUGAAAUGCCUAAUUUACAGUUCUACCGUGGACAAAUACCCUCCUCCCCUGAUGGUGUCUUCAUUGAGGACUUUCACAAUAAAUGGCACAGGAAAUAUUCAAAACUGGAAGAAGUUCACUCAUACAUCCAAUGGUUGUUCCCACUUCAAGAACCAGGAAUUAAUUAUCAAGCCAAGGAACUCACCAAGAAGGAAAUUUAGGCUUUCCUUGAAGAUGGCACAGCAAAGCAGAGGCUGGUUGCAUCCUACAAGCUCAUGCUGGACUUCUACGGCAUAGAGCUGUCAAAUGACAUAACAGGGGAAGUGAAACUGGCGAACAACUGGCGUGAGAGAUUUGACAACCUGGAAAGAAACACACACAACAACCUGCGCAUCACCCGCAUCCUGAAGUGCCUGGGCACUCUGGGGUUCCCCCACUACCAGGCCCCACUGGUCCGCUUCUUCCUAGAGCAGACUCUUGUCAAAGACAAGCUGUACAAUGUGAAGGAAAGUGCCCUCAACUACUUCAUCUUCGCUGUCAUUGAUAAGCAAGAGCGCAGGAAUAUAGUUAAGUAUGCCUACGCACACUAUGAGCCCAAACAUGAGUUUGUGUGGUGCCCCAAGACAAUCCAGAGUAUAUUCAGGGGAGAGACAUUCCCAGAUGAUGAUAACCCAAUUGAUCUGAAACAGGAUGACAUUGACGACAACACUGCCAGUUAA